UCUAUUCUUAUUAACUAGAUUCUCUUCUUUGCUUUAUGCUGGUGCUUGAACAUUUGUUCAGCUCCCCUUAUGCUGCAUUUGAGGGGAAGUAAAUCCGUGGGCAGAGCUGGGCUAUGAUGAGGAUGUAUCCGAGAGUCUGCAGAUGUGAGAAGGUGCUCCUGUGAAGCAAGAAAAUGGAAACUUUUUGCUGAGUAUCCACGACGUAUCAGGCGCUUUUCUGAAAUAUUUAAUUACAUUUAAGACUCUAAGAAUCUCUCAAGAAAACAUCACAGACACUCUUUACACAAUGUGGCUUCUUAAGACUCAAGGACCACCCACCUUACUAGUCUACGAUGGCAAAGGCAAAAAUGGGUAUUCAAACAUCACAGCUUCCAUUCUGUUAUUAAUCAUUCUGUAGACAUGUGCUCCCACUAUAGGAAGUGAACUGCACUAAGGGGGAAAGUUCCAGCGGCCCCCAAACCAACAGCACUCUUGUCUCUCCCCCUAAGAGAGAAGGCAUCACUAUGGCAUUUCACAGCUGCUCUUUGAUCCUCUUGGCAAUUACCUGGUGCACUUCUGCCUAUGGGCCUGACCAACGAGCCCAGAAGAAAGGGGACAUUAUCCUUGGGGGGCUCUUUCCUAUUCAUUUUGGAGUAGCAGCCAAAGAUCAAGAUCUAAAGUCAAGGCCGGAGUCUGUGGAAUGUAUCAGGUACAAUUUCCGCGGGUUUCGUUGGUUACAAGCAAUGAUAUUUGCCAUCGAGGAAAUAAACAGCAGUCCAGCCCUUCUUCCCAACAUGACACUGGGAUACAGAAUAUUUGACACUUGCAACACCGUUUCUAAAGCCUUGGAGGCCACUCUGAGUUUUGUGGCACAGAAUAAAAUUGAUUCUCUGAACCUUGACGAGUUCUGCAACUGCUCAGAGCAUAUCCCCUCUACUAUCGCUGUGGUGGGAGCAACUGGCUCGGGCAUCUCCACGGCUGUGGCAAACCUGCUGGGCCUCUUCUACAUCCCCCAGGUCAGCUAUGCCUCCUCCAGCAGACUCCUCAGCAAUAAGAAUCAGUUCAAGUCCUUCCUCCGUACCAUCCCCAAUGAUGAACACCAGGCCACUGCCAUGGCAGACAUUAUUGAGUAUUUCCGCUGGAACUGGGUGGGCACUAUUGCAGCUGAUGAUGACUAUGGCCGGCCAGGGAUUGAGAAGUUCCGAGAGGAAGCAGAGGAGAGGGACAUCUGCAUCGACUUCAGUGAACUCAUCUCCCAGUACUCUGAUGAGGAAGAGAUUCAGCAAGUGGUAGAGGUGAUCCAGAAUUCCACAGCCAAAGUCAUUGUUGUUUUCUCCAGUGGCCCAGACCUUGAACCCCUCAUCAAGGAGAUCGUCCGACGAAAUAUCACAGGAAGGAUCUGGCUGGCCAGUGAGGCCUGGGCCAGCUCUUCCUUGAUUGCCAUGCCCGAGUACUUCCAUGUGGUUGGAGGUACCAUUGGAUUCGCUUUGAAGGCUGGGCAGAUCCCAGGUUUCCGGGAAUUCCUGCAGAAAGUCCAUCCCAGAAAGUCUGUCCACAACGGUUUUGCCAAGGAGUUUUGGGAAGAAACAUUUAACUGCCACCUCCAAGAAGGUGCUAAAGGGCCUUUAUCCAUGGACACUUUCCUGAGAGGUCACGAAGAAGGUGGUGGCAGGAUAAGCAACAGCUCCACUGCCUUCCGACCUCUUUGUACAGGGGAUGAGAACAUCAGCAGUGUGGAGACCCCUUAUAUGGAUUAUACACACUUACGGAUAUCCUACAAUGUCUACUUAGCAGUCUAUUCCAUUGCUCAUGCCCUGCAAGAUAUAUAUACAUGCUUACCUGGGAGAGGGCUCUUCACCAACGGUUCCUGUGCUGAUAUUAAGAAGGUUGAGGCUUGGCAGGUCUUGAAGCACCUACGGCACCUAAACUUUACCAACAAUAUGGGGGAGCAAGUGACUUUCGAUGAAUGUGGUGACCUGAUGGGGAACUAUUCCAUCAUCAACUGGCACCUCUCUCCAGAGGAUGGCUCCAUAGUGUUUAAGGAAGUCGGAUAUUACAAUGUCUAUGCCAAGAAAGGAGAAAGACUCUUCAUCAAUGAGGAGAAAAUCCUGUGGAGUGGGUUCUCCAGGGAGAUGCCAUUUUCCAACUGCAGCCGAGACUGCCUGGCAGGGACCAGGAAAGGAAUCAUUGAGGGGGAGCCUACCUGCUGCUUUGAGUGUGUGGAGUGCCCCGACGGGGAGUACAGUGACGAAACAGAUGCAAGUGCCUGUGACAAGUGCCCCGAUGACUUCUGGUCCAAUGAAAACCACACUUCGUGCAUUGCCAAAGAGAUUGAGUUUCUGUCCUGGACAGAGCCCUUUGGGAUUGCACUCACCCUCUUUGCUGUGCUGGGCAUUUUCCUGACAGCUUUCGUGCUGGGGGUCUUCAUCAAGUUCCGUAACACGCCCAUCGUCAAGGCCACCAACCGAGAGCUCUCUUACCUCCUCCUCUUCUCCUUGCUGUGCUGCUUCUCCAGCUCCCUGUUCUUCAUUGGCGAGCCCCAGGACUGGACCUGCCGCCUGCGCCAGCCGGCCUUUGGCAUCAGCUUCGUGCUCUGCAUAUCAUGCAUCCUGGUGAAAACCAACCGUGUCCUCCUGGUGUUUGAGGCCAAGAUCCCCACAAGCUUCCACCGCAAGUGGUGGGGGCUCAACCUGCAGUUCCUGCUGGUCUUCCUCUGCACCUUCAUGCAGAUUGUCAUCUGUGUGAUCUGGCUCUACACGGCGCCUCCCUCCAGCUACCGCAACCAUGAGCUGGAGGACGAGAUCAUCUUCAUCACCUGCCACGAGGGCUCCCUGAUGGCCCUGGGCUUCCUGAUUGGCUACACCUGCCUGCUGGCUGCCAUCUGCUUCUUCUUUGCCUUCAAGUCCCGGAAGCUGCCGGAGAACUUCAACGAGGCCAAGUUCAUCACCUUCAGCAUGCUCAUCUUCUUCAUCGUCUGGAUCUCCUUCAUUCCAGCCUACGCCAGCACCUACGGCAAGUUUGUCUCUGCCGUGGAAGUGAUCGCCAUCCUGGCCGCCAGCUUUGGCCUGCUGGCCUGCAUCUUCUUCAACAAGGUCUACAUCAUCCUCUUCAAGCCGUCCCGCAACACCAUCGAGGAGGUGCGCUGCAGCACCGCGGCUCACGCUUUCAAGGUCGCGGCCCGGGCCACGCUGCGCCGCAGCAACGUCUCCCGCAAGCGGUCCGGCAGCCUGGGGGGCUCCACGGGCUCCACGCCCUCCUCCUCCAUCAGCAGCAAGAGCAACAGUGAAGACCCCUUCCCGCAGCCCGAGAGGCAGAAGCAGCAGCAGCCCCUGGCCCUGACCCAGCGGGAGCAGCAGCCGCCGCAGCCCUUGACCUUGCCGCCGCAGCCGCAGCCCCGGUGCAAGCAGAAGGUCAUCUUCGGCAGUGGCACCGUCACCUUCUCGCUGAGCUUUGACGAGCCGCAGAAGAGCGCCGCGGCCCCCCGGAAUUCCACGCUCCAGCACUCCCUGGAGGCCCAGCGGAGCCCCGAGCCCCCCGCCAGACCCCAGGCGUUACUGCCGCCGCAGGGCGGAGACACAGACGCGGAGCUGCCGGCCCAGGAGCCGGGCCUGCAGGCGCCCGGGGGUGCGGACCGCCGCCCGGAGAUGCGAGACCCCGAAGAGCUGACCCCAGCCCUGGUGGUGUCCAGCUCACAAAGCUUUGUCAUCAGCGGCGGAGGCAGCACGGUCACGGAAAACAUACUGCAUUCGUAAAAGGGAAGCAGGUGGCCAGUCCAGGGAGGAUGCGGAGCGGUUUCCUGGGGUCAUGUUCUCUGACAGGGAUGAGGAAUUGCCCCAGACUCCCUUCUUCUGAGGAAGGGGGGAAUUAGACACACCAAACACCUCACUCUUGGUUGCACUGUUUUAAAUAACAAUGAAUUGACUAAAGUUCCCUUUAAAAUUUAAAAGAGAAGGAAGAAGAAGAAGAAGAAGAAGAAGAAGAAGAAGAAGAAGAAGAAGAAGAAGAAGAAGAAGGAGAAGAAGAAGAGAAAAGAAAAAAGAAAAAGAAGAAAGAAAGAAGAAGAAGAAGAAGAAGAAGAAAAAGAAAGAAGGAAGGAAAGAAAGAAAGAAAGAAAGAAAGAAAGAAAGAAAGAAAGA